AUGGCAGUUCUAACAUUUGCAGCACCGCAGUUUCUGAUUGGCCUCUCUCUGAACAUGUGCAUUUUGGUUGUCAAUUUUAAGGAGUGGAAAAAGGGCGCACGUUUGCAACAAUACAAUCAACUCCACAUUACCAUGGCAACGGUCAAUAUUCUAUUGCAGUGCGUUCUGACUCUCUCUCUAUAUAUUGUAUGGUCUCCUGUGCUGUAUGACCAGGGCUGGGUCGCACUGUUUUCCACUCUUCCACUGUCCCUGAUCUACUUCAGUGUGUGGCUUAACACCUGGCUCUGUGUGCAUUACAGCACCAGCAUUGCCACGUUUAGUCACUGUGCUAUUACUUGGAUGAAAAGCCAUUUUUCAACAUUGUUACCAAAACUCAUUUUGGCGUCAGCGGUGGGAUCAUUUGUCAUAAGUCUCCCCGCCAUAUGGAACGUCUAUUCAGAAACCCAAGAAGCAAACAGGAACUUUUCAAUAAACUCCACUGUUACCGGUGAAAUAUUUGUUAAUCCUUCAUAUCGGCUGGCAGGCACCUCUCUGGGAUGCUUCCUGCCCGUCACUCUAUGCAGUCUCUGUAUUGCACACACGCUGACCUCUCUACUGAGACACGUCUGGAGAGUAAAACACAAUGACUCGGGUUUCUCUCGCCCCAGUCUCCGGGCUCACGUCCGGGCUGUAAGGACGAUGGUCCUGCUACUAAUGCUGUAUAUGAGUUUUUUUGUAGCCCAGGCUCUCAGCUUUGUGACAAAUCACACCACUGAAGACCCGCUCGCUUUCUUAAACUGGUUUUUACUUCUUUCUUUCCCAGCAGCCGGGUCCCUCGUUAUAAUACAGGCAAACUCUAAGUUAAGGAAAGUGUUUCAGAGCAAGUGCUGGAAAGGCUUGGAUUUGGCUAAAGGUUGUUUUAGGCUAAAUACGUAA